UUCGGCUGGCUCGCUCUCUUCUACUUAUUCUUCACUUCAAUCCUCGCCCUCGACACCUAGUCGCUCAUUUAUCUCCCACCGUGCACGACAUUGCGUCUGCCGAUCUACUGUACUCACCUGGAUCCUCGGCUCCCUUUCCGUAUCCCUUUCGAGUCCCCAAUCUUCGGUAGCUGCCCGCUAUCCAGUCACUCGCUAUGAAGCUUUUCGCCCUCGUAACCGCUCUGGCAGCUGCCGCGCUGGCAGCCCCGAAUCACGCCCUCGCCGCUCGCGAUGCCCGCGAUAGCAGCGAGAUUCCCGGUAUCGAAGACCAGAAGUUCAUUAGUACUGUGCUUAAUGCUCACUGGUACUGGCGCCGCAUCCACUGCGCCCAAGAUCUCCAAUGGAACGUGACCCUUGCAGCAAUGGCCCAGAAAGACAUCCGUACUUGUACGAAGGAUGUGGAACAUAUGCGAGCCGGUAGCAACCUCAGCGGCCAAGGACCCUCACCGAAGAAGUACGACGAGUGGGUUGAGUGGGCACGCGUCAUGGUCCACGGGUGGCACGAGGAAGAGACGUUCUGGGACUAUUCGGCACGCAUGGCCAAGGGCAAGCACCAGGUCUACCACUUCACUCAGCUGGUCUGGCGAGACUCGAGCCAACUUGGCUGCGCUCUCACCGACUGCUCCGAUGUUGAGGGUGCGCGCUUCCCAGGCCGAAUCUACUGCUACUACGACCCCAUCGGCAACAAUAUCGCAGGAAACUUCAUGCAAGAGAACGUGUGGCCGCCGGUCUGUGCCGACCCUAGCAAGGCGGAGCUUGAGGCUCGCUUCGGCUUCUGAGACAUGGGAAUAUGCGCUGGUUGAGGAAAAUUGACAGAAGGCUCAUAUCGAGUUACAGCCGCGACGAACCAUGAUCGGUUCAUACUCGACCCAUCUUCGACUGCCUGCCGGCUCCCCUAGGUUGUUACUUGGAAGCCUGGCUCAGGAAAGUCGCUGUCGUGGG